AAACACGCAACAUGCACCCAAACCCGUAUUCCCCGUACAUGCCAUAACUCACAUCAAUUGAACCCCACCGCUCGAGGGCCGAGGCUUUCCUACCACAUUGAGCAUGGAAAGUACCUAGAGGAACGGCCCCCUUUUUUUCGUGUUUGCCUCCGUGGAUUCAAUGUUUACUGUCCGUUUGACCGGUUAAAAUUUUUAUCUAUGCCUUUUCCAGCAAGAGAGUAGGGCAGCAGCAAGAAAGAAGGGCAAACCGGUCAAAACAGAUUCCCUCCCAUGAAAAAAGGUCUUCUUUUUGUACCGUCCAUUUUAUAAGGCCUCCGAAACCUUCAGAGAAACGCACGUUCAGUUUUACCUCUUUUGAAUCCAACAACUUCGAGAACUAUAUAUCGCCUCAUUGUCUGACACCCCAUCAAUGAUGGAAUCUGAAACCGUGUACAAACCCUUGUCUAUCAAUUAUGCAGACGUCAAUGACGUCCGAACGGCCCAGAUACGGGCAGUUCUCCUUCCAACAAUAAGCGAACAAGACGAGGAUGAGGACGAGGUCGCUACCUUGUCAAUGGAUCAGGAGCCUGUGCGCGAGCGCCACACAUGUUGUCUCGACCACGUUGCGUUUAGAAGGCUUAUGCCAAUUGAACUCGGGAGAACCCCUCCACCACAUACGGCUUCUUUCUUAGCUCUUUCAUUGAACCGCACCGCCGCAAGUUGGUAACCAUAAUAUUUCUUAAUUUAUCUACGGUACAUAUAUGGCACCCAAUGCCCAUGAACUCAA